CACUCUUGGCCGCCACCAUGCAUACACCAGCGUCCACAGCUCUUGGCCUUGUGCUCGUCCUGCCACUGGUCCUGAUGCAACAGCAGCAGGACACACAAACCAUUAACUGGUUGGCCCAAAUAGAACUGGAGUUUCAGGAGCAGCCGGACAAGUUGGCCUAUUGCCGAAGCCUUCAGGAACAGAAUUUCCAGCAGCAACUGCAAAUACCUCUUCGGCACACGAGUUGCGGUGAAAUCUUAAACCAUCAAACGGACGUGAUGAGUGAACUGUUGAUAGAGACCGAGCCCCGUUGUUGGCCGGGUUGGAGAUUCAUAGGCAGACGCUGUCGAAAGGUGGCCUAAAGCUGAUAUGUUUAAGAACAAUGAAACUUUAAGUUAGGAUCACUUUCUUGUGUAUAAGUUUAUUAGCUUAUAUAAAGGACUUUACUAAAGAAAAUGUAAAACAAAAUGGAUGGAAACCGGUACACAUGUUCAUGAUUUUUGACUUGAUUUCAGGUUCUUGGCCAUAAAACUCAAGCAUCCAUCAUAUACUCAUGUGUUAACC